AUGUCUGCGAACCAGAACCAGAACCAGGACCAGACCGCCGUCAUCCACUGGCGGACGGAGCUGAACAACAUACUGCAGAAGAACAAGCCCCUGGGACAGCUGACGUGGGCAGAGAGCGCCGCCCACGGCCACCAGGGCCCCUGGAUCGCGGUCGCUAUGAUCAAUGGCGUUGAGUACGGACGUGGUGAGGGCGACAGCAAGGACGCCGCGAAGGACGCCGCGGCGCACGAAGAGUUCCUCAUAUUGGCGCAUCUCGCGUUUGACGAUCGUGUGAUGCUUGCAUCGUCCACCCAGUUGGUCACGAAGAACUAA